CACUGAUCACACUCACUCACACAGUUUAACAGAUAGAUGGAAGUAGCUGCACUCCUUGAACGCACACGGGACGAGCCAAGUGGAGAGAAAGCUUGAAUUAAGCAAAGCACACCAACUAGAAAAGCUCAUUCGAACAUAUACUCGGGCUCAAGAGACUACAUAGAUCACUGGAAGGAUGCCACAAGAAUUACUGAGGUUUCCGACGAGUUACUUGACGGUAGGGAUCUAUCGAUUGGGUACGGAUCCGAAGAUCAACCGAGCGAUCGUGCAAGAGUUCUCGACGAUUGUGAAGAGAUUGGUGAUACUCUCGAUAGUCUACUGUGCUCUCUCAUAUCCGGUGACGAAGGUCUGGGUGAAGUAUUUCCUACUGAGCAAGCGAGCCAAGCCGGCGGAUCAGGACGAAGUAGCAGAGACGGUGGGCAUGAUCGGAGCCAUGUUCUCCCUCGUCAACUUCACCACCAUCAGUCUCGUCCUCAGCCAACUCAGCUCGAUCAUCGAAUUCUUCCUCCUCAGGAAACUCAAGAAAACCAGAGCUAAGGUCUACCAAUUCACCAUCGAGAGUCGGGCCAAGUCCGAGCAGUUCUGGAUCCCCUACGUCGAGGAAUGGGAUCAUCCUCCUCUCGAGAAGGCUCAGCGAAGGAUCUCCAAGUGGAAGUGGUACAAGACUAUCACCGGACCGAUCUUUAGAUUGCUUGUCCUCAAAGUCGUCUUAUUACCACUCAACUUCGUCCCGUUUCUGAACACGAUCGUCGGCUCAUUUCUGGUCUCCUUGACGCUAUCGGAAAGACUGCUGGAGCCCUACUUCAAGACGAAGAAGAUGAGUGAGGUCGAGCAGGCUCUGUUCAUGGUCGAGCGAGAGAACUCGUUGCGAUGGCUCGGGUUCUUCGCCGCCGUGCUCGAACGGAUCCCGAUCCUUGGGAUCCUCUUCUCCUUCUCAAAUCGGAUCGCCUUCGCUAUGUUCGCUCAUGACCUCGAGAAACAUCAACAUGCCGUCAAACAGGGCCUUAUCCCCAAACAACCUGACCCCUAUCGCUCCAAGACUGCCGCUAUCGAAUUGGAUUUACCGUCUGAUGCAAUCGGAAAUUUCCCCAAGAAGAAUCUAUAAUCUUCUUUCUUUUCCCUAUCUCUCUCUCUUUGUAAUCUUUUUGAAUUGAUUGGUUCUUAGACACUGAAUAUGACUCACUGUUUUUCCGUAAUUAUACUAAAUGUUUGUAUGUGUGCACAGCUCUUGAAUUCUUGUCUAUAAUCAAUACUAUGAAAUCACUCCAUGCAUGUGUUUAUACAGUCGAUCUUCUGAAUUAUAAGUACAUAGAACCAAAAAAAAAAAAGAUAGUCAAAACAGGUGGUAAUGAUGUCAACAUGUAAAUCGUCUA